AUGGAAAUAGAGAUAGGAAAGGAGGCGAUUCGGAAGAGCACGGAGUAUGCCAGCAGGGGUCUUGGCGGGGUAUCCCUGAAGCCCUUCCGCACUUACUUCGACAUAGACAAUACAUUCGUCCUGAAGAAGCUUGUGCUGAUUCUAUUCCCAUUCAACAACAAGGAGUGGACGGGCGACGACGAAGGAAUGGCGAGGCCAGAGCUGUAUGUCCCGGCAAUGAGCUUUAUCUCCUACAUCCUCUUAAGGGCGCUAUAUCUUGGACUUGAAGGUAUGUUUAGCCCGGAGAGGCUGGGAAUUGUAUUUACCAGACUGUUUUUCCUCGAGGCUGUGUGCAUAGCACUCACAAGAAUCUCCGGGUACUUUGUUGAUGUAGGUCUGAGCACUCUCGAUGUGGUAGCAUACAGUGGGUACAAGUAUGUCAUUGUGUUGCUUCUGCAGCUGAACAAGAUGCGGUAUGUUCAGGUAAUUGGAGGAAUGUAUCUCUAUGUAAGCUUCUUUGUUUUUCUUAGCAGAAGCCUAAAGAGACGUGUGAUGGACAAAGGAGCUGAAAGAAUGAGGAGGGCAUACUACUUGUUUGGAAUAGUUAUUGUCCAAGAGUUUAUUGUGUUUUUACUGUCCUGA